AUGGCCGAGUCAAAGCCUUCUACCGACUACGUUGAGUCGAUUGCCGACGAGCGUGUCGUGCCUUGCAUAGAUGAGCUGAAAGGCAGCGGGGAUGCUGAUCCCAACGAUCCCCAGAACUGGUCCAAAACAGCCAGACUAGCAACAUACCUCACCAUCUGCUUCUACACCUUUCUCGCAAACGUCAACAGCAGCAACUUCACCGUCGCCACAAAAGCAAUAAUCCAGGAAUUCAACGUCACCCAAACACAGGCCGGCGAGCUCGUCUGCUUCAAUGUCUUCCUCUUUGGACUCGGCAACAUCUUCUGGGUACCCCUGAUGCGGGUCGUCGGCAAGCGACCGGUAUAUCUGGUCUCGAUGCUGGCGCUGUGCAUGAUGAAUGUCUGGUCGAGUUAUUCGUCGAGCUACGGGGAACUCCUUGCCUCGCGGAUCCUCUCUGGCUUUGUUGCCGCAGCAGCCGAUGCGACUGUUCCGGCCGUCGUGUCGGAUAUGGUUGCUCCGCAGGACCGAGGGCAUUAUCUCAUGGUUUUCCACCUCGCUCUUACGAGCGGUCUGUUCAUCGGGCCCCUGAUCAACGCGUACCUCGUGCAGGAACAAGGUUGGCGGUGGAUGUGCUAUUUCCUCGCUGUUGCCGUUGGCGUCACGUUCGUUGUUGCCGUCUUUACCAUUCGGGAGACGACAUACCUGCAAGGCAGGCCGCGGGUGGCGAAGCGAUCAGCGAGGCAGUGGAUGUCGUUGAGGUUGGGGUAUAAUCCCAAAGCAUCGUUUGUGCGGACUCUGCUUGAUAUCGUCUGCAACGUCGCAUACCCUCAACUCCUCUGGGCCGCGUUCUCGAUCGGGAUCUCCGUCGGAUGGAACAUUGUCGUCCAACUCACAGCCUCACGAACCUUUACCGCACCCCCCUACAACUGGCCUGCCGGAAGCCUGGGCCUCCUCUCGCUAGCCGGAUUCAUCGGUUCUGUCCUGGCAUUCUACCUCGGUGGUCGACUGAUUGAUAUCAUCUCCACCCGGUACACAAAUCGGUACGGGCAGCGUUUGCCUGAAUAUCGACUACCGGCGAUCAUAAUCCCCGGCGUGAUUGGACCUGGCGGGAUCCUGGUAUUCGGUCUGUGCAUCGCGAACCAAACGCACUGGAUCGGCGCUGCAGUUGGGUAUGCCAUGCAGGCGUUUGGCGUGGCAGCAAUCUCGAAUGUCGCCGUGACAUACUGUCUGGACUGCUACAAACCCCUCACGGGCGAAGCCCUGGUCAUCAUCUUCGUCGUCCGCAACACAAUCGGCAUGCUGCUGUCCCUUUAUGCCGCGGACUGGAUCACCCGACAAGGCGAGGCCGCCGUCUUUGGUGAGAUGACUGCGAUUCAGGUGACUAGUAUUCUUGUGGCGAUCCCGCUGUUCGUUUGGGGUGCGCCGUUGCGCGCUUGGACGGCGCGAUAUGGGCCGAUGAAGCGGUUUCAGGGGGCGGAGAACUAG